CGGCCUUGGCGGGUGGGCGGGGCGGAGGCGCAGCGGCGCGCUGACGUCACACGCACGGUCUGGCUGGCUGGAGGAAGCUGCAGAUUAAUGAAGCUGCUCCCUCGCUUUUUUGGCAGCAUUUUUCAGAAUCUGAAAAAGCUGGAACUUUUAGUUGGUCAGUCGAUGUCUGGAAAGAAAAGAUGAAUUAAUACCUCAAGUGACAGAAGCAGUUACUACCAGACCUGAGUUUCAGCAGCAAUUUGAUUCAGACCUCCACAGCCACAGUUCUUUGUUUAUUUCCAUUUGGUAAUAUGCAUAUUGGCUUCAGCAGAAACCUGAAGGCUAUUUUUUUUUGAGAGAAAGCUGUAUUUUAAAACUGGUGCCAUUUGUGCUGGAAUCAUCCCGCUGCAUUUAUGUCUAGACCAUUAUUGAACUUCACAACAGGAAAGGCCUCAGCACCGAGCCCAGUGAAGCCCAUUGAAGUUACUGAAACAUGCCUUUACCAUCAUCUUCUACUUACCUCUAAGCCAACUUUGGAUCCAGUGUGCCACUUUGCCUUGGGUCUUGUGAGCUGUUUCUUAUAUGACCGGUCUGCCACAUGGGACUUCUUCAAAAGCUUUGCUGAAGGAACCUGGGGCUUUUAGCAAUGCUGAUUUACAACCAGAUGCUCUAUAAAACAGUAAUCUAAAUCGAGGCUUGCUGUUUCUCUUCUAUGCAGCAGGAAGAUUGUGGUAAUGUGUAUGUUCUGUGAGAUGUGCAGACAGACUAAAUGUUUCCUGGCUGCUGACACAGUGCUCGGGAGCCAAGAUGCCAUCCUUGCCUGUCAAUUAGACCACGACUGCUCUUUUCCAUUAAAUAAAUUACUAACCCUGCAUGGUGUGGGUGCCUUUGCAAAAGUCGAGAACUGACAGUAUUGCCUUGUUACAACAAACUAACCGGAAUCUUGUGAACAUGUUCAUAGAGUGGUUCACAGACUGGGAUCUGACACUGGACCAAAUGAAAAACUUAGUUCUAGUGAGCUUGCAGGCACUGAGAGACUGUGAUGUAACUGCAGUGACCACCUUUGCUUGCGCCCUGGCACUUUUUGUGUGGCAUUGUUACCAUGUAGGCAGUGAGCAGCCUCGCAACUAUGCACCAGUGAAUGCCAUGAUGCAGAGCGCCGAUGUAAAUGGUUUGCAAAAUGGUUACAUGUACUGCCAGUCUGCCGAUUGCGUAAGGUGCACUCAUAAUGAGGGACGCAGUCAGAAGCUUUAUCACAAUUUGCAGGAAUAUGCGAAGCACUAUUCAUGGUCAGGAAUGGGACGGAUCCAUAAAGGAAUCCGGGAACAAAGCCGGUAUUUGAACAACAGGUCAUCCAUUCAAAAACCAGAAGUUUUCUUCCUACCUGAUUUGCCAACGACCCCUUAUUUUUCACGUGAUGCUCAGAAGCACGAUGUGGAGCUACUGGAACGAAACUACCAAGCUAUCCUGGCUGAGUUUGAACUGAUCUUCAAGGCAUUCUCAAACUGCAGCCUUCCACAGGGCUGGAAGGUUAACAGCACACCCAGAGGCGAAUGGUUCACCUUCUAUCUGGUUAACCAGGGCAUAUGCAUUUCCAAUAAUUGCAGAAGGUGCCCUCGGACGUACCGGUUGCUUGGCAGUCUUCGCACUUUCAUCAGUAACAAUGUCUUUGGGAAUGCCUGUUUCUCCGUAAUGAGCCCAGAAACACUCAUUACUGAACACUAUGGUCCCACAAAUGUUCGGAUCCGCUGCCAUUUAGGUUUGAAGGUUCCCAGCAAUUGUGAAUUGGUUGUAGGAGGAGAGCCACAAUGCUGGGCAGAAGGGCGCUGUUUGCUGUUUGAUGAUUCCUUCUUACACACAGCAUUCCAUGGAGGUCCAAGUGAAGAAGGUCCCCGAGUGGUAUUCAUGAUUGAUUUGUGGCACCCUAACGUUGCUGCUACUGAACGGCAGGCUUUAGAUUUCAUCUUUUCUCCAGGCCGCUGACUCCUUUUGAUCCUCUUUUAUUUUAUUUCCGGAGUGACCGAUCUCAGAACGAGUGAAAUUACCGGAACGAGGGCUCUUGGAUCAUCAGAUGUGCUGUCCAACUUUCAUCAAAAAGGAAUAAGUGGACACACUAAGGAAAAUAUAAGCUUUAUUUGCUGAAAAUGCACGCAAUGCCGUGUUAAUGGUUACAUGGAGAAAAGAGUCCAAGAUUUAUUUAUUUAUCUAUUGCUUCUGAUUUUUUAAAAUAGAAUAGGUCAGUCUCCGCUUCCCUUCCACCUCACCGGGUAGUGGGAUGACCAUUGCUGUUUACCUGAUUUUUCUUUAGCUGUGCUACAGUCAGUGAGAUGAUUUUUCUGUCAUAUGCCUUGGGCUGUAAAAUUUUCCAUUUGAAGCCAUCUCUUCUGCGAGAGCUAGUGCAGUUGAGACACUGUGAAAGUUUUCUAGACCACCUCAUCUGGUAAUCAAAAUUCAUAUUUUUGAGGGGGGGUGGUGGGGUGGGUUGGGGAAUAUUGGGAGAAAUGCAGUAGAGUUCCUAGAAUUUUCCAAAGGAGUACCUGGAAUCAGGUGUCCACGUGCAGGUGACUGGAGCUGUAUCUCUAUGAGCAUGUUUUUAUAAAAAUAUGUUCCGCCUGGAGAAAGUUUCAGGAUCAGAUUGAUUUUUUUCACCGGUUGCUUAUUGACUCACUUGUGUAUUUCAGCGGUUUUAAUGUACUUUGCAGUGGAAUCAAAAUCAAAUUUCACUUAAGAUAUGUUCGCUUAAAGGGAAUUGUUUUUUAGGAAAAAAAAGGAAAUGAAUAGGAUAAAAGGCAAGUAAUAAACACAAUCUGCUCUGUUGUCAUCAGGGAAAAAUGAGACAAUGGCUUGGCCAUACAGAGCAUAUCAGAGAUAAGGAAAAAGACUGACAUUGGAAAGCUAUGCUAUGAUUAUUAUUUUUGGAAUGCAAAUUCUACAUAAUAAAUAAGGUAUAUCUCACAGUCCCAUAUAAUGGGAAUGAAUGGGAAAUUAUUUGAUCCAUUGGAUAUCCAUAUAAUGGGAGUGAAUGAGAAGUUAUCUUCGCUGGAUUUCACUAUAAACAGGUUUACAUUUAUUUUUAAUCUCAUGGAUCAAUACAAUAAAAAACUUUUACUUGAA